UGAGUAAAAUUGUGAAAUUAGAAUUGUAUUAGUGUAUUUAGUGCUAUAAGUAGAGUAGAUUUGCAAUAGUUUUGAGGAAUUUUUGCAAUAUGGGAGUUAAAUAUUUGUUAUUAUUAGUUGGAAUAUUUCAACCAAUAUUUUCACAGGAUGAUGUAAAUAUUCUAAAAAGAGAUUUCUUCUAUCAAAACAAAAGAGAUUCAUCUAGCUCUUUGAGAAUAGUUGGUGGACAAGAUGCUACUCCACACCAAUUUCCUUUUGAAGUGGGUCUUUACAUAGACUACCAGCUAAAGAACGCUUUCUGUGGAGGUUCCCUCAUAUCGUCGAACUAUGUUUUAACAGCAGCGCAUUGCUUAGAAGGUGCAAUCUCAUUGGACGUGAUUCUAGGAGCUCAAAACAUUUCUGACGAUUCAGAGUCAAAUAGGCAGAGACAGGUGACGAGCGCUUAUGUAAUCCACCCAGAUUGGGACUCUACUACGUACACAAGCGAUAUAGGUUUGGUCAAAUUAAAUACACCCGCUCAAAUAAACGACUAUGUCCAAACAAUCACACUUGCCAGUGGAUCAGAUAGUUAUGCAGGUCAACAAGGAACGGUGUUAGGCUGGGGAAAAACCUACGACGACCAGACAACCGUCACUGACAUCCUUCAAUACGUGUCAAACCCGAUAUUCAGCAAUGACGAAUGUAAAGCUCAAAAUCCUUCAUACAACGGUAUCAUUACCGACGUCCACUUAUGUCUUUCUGGCGUCGGCAACAAAGGGUUCUGUCAAGGUGACUCCGGAGGCCCUCUGGUGGUCAACGACGUCCAA